UUAGAAACAGGUGUUGGAGCACUUCAAUUCCCAAUGGAUGUGGGUGCUUUGCACAUACAGUCACUGCCACGGAUGCUUUCAGCCCCUGAACAUGGCAGGCGUUCAUUGCUCUGCAGGCUGCUACGUGCCAAGGUUGGAGUAAUCAGAUGUCCGAUAUGCCGCCAAGAAUGCAGGCAGAUAGAUCUGGUGGAUAACUACUUUGUAAAAGACACAUCAGAAACACCAAGCAGCUCUGAUGAGAAAUCAGAACAGGUGUGCACAAGCUGUGAAGAUAAUGCUAGUGCUGUGGGAUUUUGUGUAGAAUGUGGGGAAUGGCUGUGCAAGACUUGCAUAGAAGCUCAUCAGCGAGUAAAAUUUACUAAAGAUCAUAUGAUCAGAAAAAAAGAGGAUGUAUCUUCAGAGGCCGUGGGAGCAUCUGGUCAACGUCCUGUUUUCUGUCCUGUCCACAAACAAGAGCAGUUAAAACUUUUCUGUGAAACAUGUGACAGGCUGACAUGCAGAGACUGUCAGUUACUGGAACACAAAGAACACAGGUAUCAGUUUCUAGAAGAAGCUUUCCAGAACCAGAAGGGUGCAAUUGAGAACCUGCUGGCCAAACUUCUUGAGAAGAAGAAUUAUGUCAAUUUUGCAGCUACGCAAGUUCAAAACAGGUAA